AUGGUUGAGCAGAGUAGUUUCGAUGGCGCAACGGUAGCGUUCAUGAUACUGGGAGCGUCGCUAGUGUUCAUCAUGUGUCCCGGGCUCGGGUUUCUGUACUCUGGGCUGGCGAGAAGGAAGUCAGCGUUGGCCCUGAUAUGGGCAGUGCUGAUGGCGACGCAUGUUGGGAUGCUGCAGUGGUACUUUUGGGGUUACUCGCUGGCGUUCUCGAAGACGGCGCCGAAUAACAAGUUUAUCGGCAAUGUGGACUCGAUCGGGUUCCGAAACGUGUAUGGGGCCGUUGGCGCCUCUGCCAUGUACCCUGAGAUAGCGUUUGCAGCGUUCGAGAUGAUGUUUCUGUGCGUUACCUUGAGCAUUAUCGCUGGAGCGACCGCUGAAAGGGGCAGGCUGCUCCCGCAUAUGGUGUUCCUGUUUCUGUUUGCCACGCUGGUGUAUUGUCCCGUUACGUACUGGAUCUGGGCUCCUGGCGGCUGGGCGUUCCAGUGGGAGGUGCUGGACUGGGCUGGCGGCGGUCCCGUGGAGAUCCUCAGCGCUGUUGGCGGAUACGUUUACUCGUACUUCCUGGGAAGGCGUAAGGAGAGCCUGCUGAUCAACUUCAGGCCGCACAAUGUGUCGAUGGUGACGCUGGGCACUUCUCUUCUGUGGUUUGGGUGGCUGUUGUUCAACUCGGCCAGCUCGCUAUCGCCCAAUAUGAGAUCGGUGUAUGCCUUCAUGAAUACCAACGUCAGCGCCAUCACGGGCGGGAUGACGUGGUGCUUGCUGGACUUUAGGCUCGAGAGGAAGUGGUCGACCGUGGGGAUGUGUUCCGGUGUGAUCUGCGGCCUGGUAGCGGCGACGCCGAGCUCGGGAUGCAUCACCUUGUAUGGUUCGUUCAUCCAGGGCAUCGUUGCUGGCGUGGUGUGUAACUUCUCGACGAAGGUCAAGUACUACAUGAAAGUGGACGAUUCGCUGGACCUGUUGGCGGAGCACGGCAUCGCCGGGAUCGUCGGACUGGUGUUCAAUGCAUUGUUUGGUGCUGACUGGGUGGUUGGCAUGGACGGGACCACCGUUCACGGAGGCGGCUGGCUCAGUCACAAUUGGAAGCAGAUGUACAAGCAGAUCGCCUACAUUGCGGCGUGUGUCGGCUACUGCACGGCGGUGACAGCGAUCAUCUGCUUUGUGCUCGAUAAGAUCCCAGGCCUGCAGCUGCGGGUCGACGAGCAAGCAGAGGCAGAGGGGCUGGACGAGGACCAGAUCGGGGAGUUUGCGUACGACUACGUCGAGGUCAGAAGAGACUACUAUCAGUGGGGCGUCGAUACGGACAACAACCACAGUGCCGACGAGCAAGACACGCAUAACAAUCAGAGUAUGGUGGUUGAUAUGACCGCGUCUUCGGGCGAGAUGAACGACCAUUCGGCGCACCUGGAAAAGAUUCAACAAGCAUGA